GGACCGAGUCUUGCUUACUUCAGAACGAGGGAAAUGUAACAUGAAACUUUUGUAAUGUAGUAUCGCCAUGUCGGUAGUGCAUGUAAAUCGCGUGGUUCAAAGGCUAUCUGAAAGCUUGUGCCACAUAAAAUCCUCCUUGUCACCUUCUCAAUGUAUGGAUUAACUCCAAAUUCCCGUAACAAUGUGUCCAAUCGACGGUCAGGCGUCAGCGCCUGUUCCCAGAGUUUCUUCCAUACGUUUCAGAGAAUAGCCCCACUACCGCUUGCUUGUCGCUAUCUACCAAUUGAGGGUUGCUCCGCGUGUGGCCCACCCGAAAGGCAACAUUUGGCGGAAGAUCAUGCCUCUUCGAUAGGAACUUCUUCUAUCUAGUGGUUUGCAGACAGGCUCAGAGAAGACAACAAGCCCGGGAGGCUGAAAGCACUUUUGUGUUUCUCAAAGUAUAUAUAUAUAUAUAUCUCGAGCGGCGUAUACAAUCUUUGCUACUUCUUGCAUUGACCCCCCCCGUUCUUCUUCAAGGCACAUUUUUUAACAUCUUAAUCCGCAUUCUUUCGAGAUCAAAAGAGAUGGCGGCGUCUAUUGUUACCACUGAUACCCCUCUCGCCCUUCGUGUGCCGAAUGCAGCCACAACACCAGCAGCGAAUGACCCUCUUGCCCUGCCACCGGGAACUAGUUCUGAGAAGUUCGCAGAAUUCAUUUCUCAUGCUGAGCAAACAACUGGUGCUGAAAAUGUCAUCAUUAUCAGAAAGAAAGAAGAGCUCACAAAAGAGCUCUAUACUGACCCUUCCAAAGCGCACGAUAUGUACCACCUCUUCGACAAAGAUUACUUUGUCGUGUCCGCCACCAUUGCACCCCGUAACGUCGAGGAAGUCCAGGCAAUUGUUAGACUUUGUAAUGAUUAUGAGAUCCCGCUUUGGCCAUUCUCAAUUGGCAGAAAUGUAGGGUAUGGAGGAGCAGCUCCAAGAGUUCCUGGGAGCAUCGGCCUGGAUAUGGGCAAAAACAUGAACAAAGUGCUAGAAGUCAACUCUGAAGGAGCCUAUGCGCUAUUAGAGCCAGGUGUAACAUUCUUCAGUCUAUACGACUACCUGAAGGAGAAGAAGCUAGACGAUCAACUCUGGAUUGACACACCGGAUUUGGGUGGUGGAUCUGUCGUUGGAAACACUAUUGAGCGUGGUGUAGGAUAUACCCCAUACGGAGAUCACUUCAUGAUGCAUUGCGGUCUCGAGGUCGUGCUUCCUACCGGAGAGCUCAUCAGAACAGGCAUGGGUGCUUUACCCGAUCCAACGCAACCAACAGUUGAGGGCGGAAGUUUGGAUCAACAGCCAGGAAACAAGUGUUGGCAGUUGUUUCCUUAUGGUUUCGGUCCAUACAACGAUGGUAUCUUUUCACAAAGCAACCUUGGUAUUGUGACGAAGAUGGGCAUUUGGCUUAUGCCAAAUCCAGGGGGCUAUCAACCUUAUCUCAUUACUUUCCCAAAGGAUACCGAUUUGCCAAAGAUCGUUGACAUCAUCCGCCCACUUCGAUUACAGAUGGUCAUUCAGAACGUUCCUUCAAUCCGACAUAUUCUGCUUGACGCAGCAGUAAUGGGAACCAAGAAAUCAUACUACGAUGUUGAUCGCCCUCUUAAUGAAGAAGAACUAGAUGCCAUAGCCAAGGAACUCAACCUUGGGCGCUGGAACUUCUAUGGAGCUUUAUACGGCCCCAAACCUGUACGCGAUGUCCUCUGGCAAGUCGUUAAGGAUGCUUUUGGAACUAUUGAGGGUGCCAAAUUCUUCCUUCCAGAAGAUAUCAAGGAGAAGUGCGUUCUUCACAUCCGUGCAAAAACCCUACAAGGUAUUCCAACAAUUGAUGAGCUUUCCUGGGUAGACUGGCUACCCAAUGGUGCUCAUCUUUUCUUCUCACCCAUCUCCAAGAUCAGUGGUGAAGAUGCAAGCAAGCAGUAUGCUCUCACUCAAAAGAUGACACUAGAGGCGGGUUUCGAUUUUAUUGGAACAUUCACCAUCGGUAUGCGCGAGAUGCAUCAUAUCAUAUGCUUAGUGUUUGACCGUGAAGAUGAGGACCAGAAACGCCGUGCCCACAAGCUUAUUCGUGAGCUCAUUCAAGUUUGUGCCGAUAACGGGUGGGGAGAAUAUAGAACUCAUAUUGCCUUAAUGGACCAGAUUGCAGAAACUUACGGCUGGAAUGAUAAUGCCCAGAUGAAGUUGAACGAGAAGAUCAAGAACGCUCUUGACCCCAAGGGUAUUUUAGCACCAGGAAAAAAUGGUGUAUGGCCGGCAUCAUAUGAUCGUUCUGCUUGGAGAUUAGAUGCCAAUUCCGAAAGAACAAGAACAAGACCUUGAUCAAGACCUUGAUCAAGUCAAAGGAACAGGUAGACGACUAUAACCAUGUACAUUUUGCGAAAACGACAAACAAUUAAAGACAUACACACAUAUAUAUGUUCUUGAAACGCUAUGCAUAUGCCAGAAAGCGAUAACUAGUAAUGAAAAUGUUUCAGGACAUGGUCCGUAAUCACCA